AUGGCUGCAAGAUUUCGUGCAUCGAUUGUUCUUCCUCGUCUUUACCCUCCAGCGAGCGCUACAUUCAAGGCAGCACCUCUGUUUAAGAGAAUUUGUGGCCCACCAGUCAUACGAGUACAAACAUACGCCAAGAUGUCUCAAUCGCACGCUUGCUGCACGGUCCCUCCAGUCGUGGCCGAUGGCUACAAGGAGAAGGGCGAAUGGAUCACCAUCAAUGGGAUGAAGACGUACGCGACGGGUCUCAAGGACGCAAAGACUGCGCUUUUGGUCGUUUACGAUAUUUUCGGAUUCUCCCCACAGACUCUUCAGGGGGCAGAUAUCCUCGCUACUGGUGACAAGGAACGACAGUACCAGGUGUUCAUGCCGGAUUUCUUCGAUGGGCAGCCGGCUGAUAUCUCGUGGUACCCACCGGACACUGAUGCGAAGGGCAAGAAGCUGGGAGAGUUCUUUUCGACUGCUGCAGCUCCGCCAAAGACUCUGGAGCGUGUUCCAAAGGUGUUGGACGAGAUCCAGUCCCAGCGCAGCUCCAUCCAGCAAUGGGGUAUUGUUGGAUACUGCUGGGGAGGCAAGAUCGUGAAUCUCUCUUCCCAAAAGGACACCCGCUUCAAGGCUGCCGCAUCAUGCCAUCCAGCCAUGGUCGACGAGAACGACGCCCCUGGCAUCACGAUCCCAUUCGCGAUGCUCCCAUCGAAGGACGAGCCAAAGGAAGACGUCGAGAAGUGGCAGAAGGCUGUCAAGACCAAGAACAUCGUCCAAUGGUGGCCAAACCAGGUUCACGGCUUCAUGGCCGCCCGUGGUGACUUGAAGGAUCCAGCUGUCGAGGCCGACUACAAGAAGGCUUAUGAACUUCUGUUGAACUUCUUCCACGAGCACCUGAACUAG